GUCAAGCUUCAUGCUUCAUGUUCAUUCAGUCGUGAGUCGUCCAAAAUGGCGGCGACGAAUGACUCGAAGGCGCCUUUGCGCCUUGUUAAAAGAGUACAAUUCGGAAUAUUAUCUCCAGAUGAAAUCCGACGAAUGUCAGUCACAGAAGGGGGUAUACGUUACCCGGAAACGAUGGAAGGUGGUAGGCCCAAACUUGGAGGCCUUAUGGACCCUCGACAAGGGGUGAUAGACAGAAGUUCAAGGUGCCAGACUUGUGCUGGUAAUAUGACAGAGUGUCCAGGACAUUUUGGCCACAUAGAUUUGGCGAAACCAGUUUUUCACAUUGGUUUCAUAACAAAGACAAUAAAAAUAUUAAGAUGUGUCUGUUUUUAUUGCUCCAAACUGCUUGUUAGCCCGACAAACCCAAAGAUCAAAGAAGUCAUCAUGAAAUCAAAGGGCCAGCCUCGUAAACGUUUGACAUAUGUUUAUGAUUUGUGUAAGGGUAAGAAUAUUUGUGAAGGAGGUGAGGACAUGGAUAUUGGCAAGGAAGGGGAGGAGGGCAAAAAGAGUUCAGGUCACGGGGGUUGUGGUCACUACCAGCCAUCCAUUAGAAGGCAAGGUUUAGAUCUCACAGCUGAAUGGAAACAUGCCAAUGAAGAUACACAAGACAAAAAAAUCCUUAUAACUGCAGAGCGAGUGUAUGAGAUUUUAAAACAUAUUACAGAUGAUGAAUCCUUUAUAUUAGGUAUGGAUCCUAAAUUUGCCAGACCAGACUGGAUGAUAGUCACAGUUCUUCCAGUUCCACCUUUAGCUGUAAGACCAGCAGUUGUGAUGUUCGGAUCAGCUAAAAAUCAAGACGAUUUAACUCACAAGCUUGCAGAUAUCAUCAAAGCUAAUAAUGAAUUGAUGAGAAAUGAACAGUCAGGAGCUGCUGCGCAUGUACUCACAGAUAAUAUCAGAAUGUUACAGUUUCAUGUUGCCACAUUUGUAGAUAAUGACAUGCCUGGAAUGCCAAAGGCCAUGCAGAAAUCUGGAAAACCAUUAAAGGCGAUAAAGGCAAGAUUAAAAGGCAAAGAAGGUAGAAUCAGAGGAAAUCUUAUGGGAAAACGUGUUGACUUCUCAGCCCGUACUGUCAUCACACCCGAUCCUAACUUGCGUAUCGAUCAAGUAGGAGUGCCCAGAUCUAUUGCACAGAAUUUAACGUUUCCGGAAUUAGUUACACCUUUUAAUAUUGAUAGGAUGCAUGAGUUGGUUCGUAGAGGGAAUGCACAAUACCCAGGAGCUAAAUAUAUAGUGCGUGAUAAUGGUGAAAGAAUAGAUUUACGAUUUCAUCCCAAACCAUCAGACUUACAUUUGCAAUAUGGAUACAAAGUUGAACGACAUUUGAGAGAUGAUGAUUUGGUUAUUUUCAAUCGACAGCCAACUCUACACAAGAUGAGUAUGAUGGGUCAUAGGGUGAAAGUUCUGCCGUGGUCAACAUUCCGUAUGAAUUUAAGUUGUACUUCACCAUAUAACGCUGAUUUUGAUGGGGAUGAAAUGAAUUUACACGUACCACAGUCCAUGGAAACUCGCGCUGAGGUAGAAAACAUUCACAUUACACCAAGACAGAUUAUCACUCCACAAGCGAAUAAGCCUGUCAUGGGAAUUGUGCAAGAUACACUAACAGCUGUAAGAAAAAUGACCAAAAGGGAUGUAUUUCUCACUAAAGAACAAGUCAUGAACCUGCUCAUGUUUUUGCCGACGUGGGAUGGCAAAAUUCCUCAACCAUGUAUUUUGAAACCGCAGCCACUUUGGACUGGAAAACAAAUAUUUACAUUAAUCAUUCCUGGAAAUGUAAAUAUGGUUCGAACACAUUCAACACAUCCAGAUGAAGAAGAUGAUGGCCCUUACCAAUGGAUCUCCCCUGGUGACACUAAAGUCAUAGUUGAACAUGGUGAACUGCUUAUGGGGAUCUUGUGUAAGAAGUCUCUUGGUGCAUCUGCAGGUUCCUUGCUGCAUAUAUGCAUGUUGGAAUUAGGACACGAAACUGCUGGACGCUUUUAUGGUAAUAUUCAAACAGUUAUUAAUAAUUGGCUGCUACUGGAAGGUCACUCCAUCGGUAUUGGAGACACCAUUGCUGAUCCACAGACAUACCAAGAAAUUCAGCGUGCUAUCGUGAAAGCUAAAGACGAUGUCAUAGAAGUAAUUCAAAAAGCUCACAACAUGGAGCUAGAACCUACUCCUGGUAAUACGCUUAGGCAGACAUUCGAAAAUCAAGUAAAUCGGAUAUUGAACGACGCUCGUGACAAAACGGGAGGCUCUGCUAAGAAAUCUCUCACAGAAUACAAUAACCUCAAAGCUAUGGUGGUUGCUGGGUCCAAAGGAUCAAAUAUUAAUAUUUCUCAAGUUAUUGCUUGUGUGGGCCAGCAAAACGUAGAAGGAAAGCGAAUUCCAUUCGGUUUUCGUAAAAGGACCUUGCCACACUUUAUUAAAGACGAUUAUGGUCCCGAAUCAAGAGGUUUCGUAGAGAACUCAUAUCUUGCCGGUUUGACUCCUUCGGAAUUUUAUUUCCACGCCAUGGGUGGUCGUGAAGGUCUUAUCGAUACUGCUGUAAAAACCGCUGAGACAGGAUAUAUUCAGCGACGUUUGAUAAAGGCUAUGGAGUCUGUGAUGGUACAUUAUGACGGCACAGUUCGUAAUUCGGUGGGACAACUAAUUCAAUUGAGAUAUGGGGAAGAUGGGUUAGCGGGAGAAACUGUAGAAUUCCAAAAUCUUCCCACAGUAAAGCUGUCUAAUAAAGCAUUCGAAAAGAAGUUCAAAUUUGACCCAACAAAUGAAAGAUAUUUAAAGAGAAUCUUUAAUGAGGAUAUAAUAAAGGAAUUAACUGAGUCAGGAUAUGUGAUUAGUGAUCUUGAGAGUGAAUGGGAACAGUUGUCUAAAGAUCGAGAAGUAUUGCGUCAGAUUUUCCCAAGUGGCGAGUCUAAAGUUGUAUUGCCCUGUAACUUCAGGAGAAUGAUUUGGAAUGUACAAAAGAUUUUCCAUAUUAACAAGAGACUGCCUACUGACUUAAGUCCUAUUAAAGUUAUACAGGGAGUUAAAGAUCUAUUGAACAAAUGUGUGAUUGUGGCCGGCGAUGAUCGACUAUCCAAACAAGCUAACGAAAAUGCUACUUUACUUUUCCAAUGUUUAGUGAGAUCUACACUAUGUACUAAAUUUGUAUCUGAGGAUUAUAGACUAUCAAGUGAAGCUUUUGAAUGGUUGAUUGGAGAAAUCGAAACACGUUUCCAACAAGCGCAAGUGAAUCCCGGCGAAAUGGUCGGCGCUUUGGCCGCUCAAUCCCUUGGAGAACCUGCUACUCAGAUGACAUUGAAUACUUUCCAUUUUGCUGGUGUGUCAUCGAAAAACGUAACCCUCGGUGUGCCGCGUUUGAAGGAAAUCAUUAACAUUUCAAAGAAACCUAAAGCUCCCUCGCUAACCGUUUUUCUUACUGGAGGUGCAGCCAGAGAUGCAGAAAAAGCCAAAAAUGUCUUAUGUAGAUUGGAACAUACAACUUUGCGCAAAGUUACCGCAAAUACUGCUAUUUACUACGAUCCUGAUCCACAAAAUACAGUUAUUGCUGAAGAUCAAGAAUUCGUCAACGUUUAUUAUGAGAUGCCAGAUUUUGACCCCACAAAGAUUUCUCCAUGGCUGUUGCGUAUUGAAUUGGAUCGUAAAAGGAUGACGGACAAAAAACUUACAAUGGAACAGAUCGCGGAAAAAAUAAACGCCGGAUUUGGAGAUGAUUUGAAUUGUAUCUUCAAUGACGACAAUGCUGAAAAACUCGUGUUGCGUAUCAGAAUAAUGAAUAAUGAGGAAAGUAAAUUCCAGGACAAUGACGAGGAAACUGUCGAUAAGAUGGAAGACGAUAUGUUCCUCCGGUGCAUCGAGGCUAAUAUGUUAUCAGACAUGACCCUGCAAGGAAUAGAAGCGAUCGCCAAAGUGUACAUGCACUUGCCUCAAACGGAAGCCAAGAAGCGUAUCACGAUUACGGAACAAGGAGAAUUUAAAGCUAUUGCAGAAUGGUUGCUGGAAACAGAUGGUACCUCAUUGAUGAAAGUUUUGUCGGAACGUGACGUUGAUCCAAUAAGAACAUUCAGUAACGACAUUUGUGAAAUAUUCCAAGUACUCGGAAUUGAAGCGGUACGAAAGUCAGUAGAAAAGGAAAUGAAUGCUGUCUUGCAGUUCUACGGUCUAUACGUGAACUAUCGGCACCUUGCUUUACUUUGUGACGUCAUGACAGCUAAAGGUCAUCUUAUGGCUAUCACUCGUCACGGUAUUAACAGACAAGAUACUGGAGCAUUGAUGAGGUGCUCUUUUGAAGAGACAGUAGACGUCUUACUUGAUGCUGCUAGUCAUGCUGAAGUAGAUCCUAUGAGAGGUGUAUCUGAAAACAUAAUUAUGGGACAAUUACCUAGAAUGGGAACUGGCUGUUUUGACUUGCUACUUGAUGCCGAGAAAUGUAAACAUGGAAUGGAAAUGGGUGGACUCACAGUAGGAAUGGGAGUUGGAGGAGGAAUGUACUUUGGCGUUGGCACUCCUUCCAUGACUCCUUUGAUGACACCCUGGUCUAAUCAGAACACUCCUGGAUAUGGAAGCAGUGUUUGGUCUCCUGGUCAAGUUGGAAGCAGUAUGACUCCUGGUGGGCCGUCGUUUUCACCAUCUGGAGCUUCAGAUGCUUCAGGUCUCUCUCCGGCUUACAGCAGCUCAUGGUCGCCUCAACCUGGAUCACCCGGCUCGCCGGGAGCUCCUCUGUCACCCUAUGCUUCUCCAGCAGGGGCUUCACCGUCGUAUUCUCCAACAAGUCCAGUAUAUGUUGCGGCCUCGCCUAGCCUCACUCCGACAUCUUCACACUACUCGCCAACUAGUCCGUCUUAUUCCCCGGCUUCACCGAAUUAUUCUCCAACGUCGCCUAAUUAUUCUCCGACAUCCCCUAUAUAUUCGCCCACGUCUCCCGGUUAUUCGCCGACCUCGCCAGGGUACUCCCCUACGUCUCCGUCUUAUUCGCCAACAUCCCCCAGCUAUUCACCUACGUCACCGAGUUAUUCCCCAACAAGUCCAGCGUAUUCACCUACGUCUCCUAGUUACUCUGCCACUUCUCCCAGCUAUUCACCAACUAGCCCAUCUUAUUCGCCGACUAGUCCGUCUUAUUCACCUACAAGUGCGGCCUAUUCGCCGACAUCUCCUGGUUAUUCACCUUCCUCACCUAGUUAUUCGCCAACUAGUCCCGCUUACAGCCCAGCAUCACUCAGCUAUUCACCAUCUUCGCCAAAUUUCACACCAGCCGCACCGGCUUAUUCGCCUACAAGUCCGUCAUAUUCUCCAACAUCGCCGGCAUAUUCGCCGACUUCCCCGAGUUACUCGCCGUCGUCACCGCAAUACUCACCGUCGCCGAGCUAUUCGCCGACUUCACCGUCGCAUGCGGGAGGAAGUCCUACAUAUUCACCGACAAGUCCACAAUAUUCUCCAAAGAGUCCUCAAUAUUCGCCAACCAGUACGGCAUAUUCUCCGUCAUCACCGCAGCACCCAGGAAGUACUAGGUACUCACCUUCAUCACCAAAUUACUCUCCUUCGUCACCAAAUUACUCCCCUUCGUCGCCCAGCUAUUCGCCAUCAUCGACCAAAUACUCACCAACUUCACCAACAUCACCACAGUACACUCCAACGUCUCCGACGUAUUCUCCUACUUCACCAGCUUAUUCGCCAUCUUCAGUCGGCCCAUCAACAUAUUCGCCCACAUCACCGAAUUACUCGCCCACAUCACCUUCACAUGACGAUGGUGAUGAUUAGAGCUUAGGUUAGAUAGUAAUUUUAUUGUAAAUUAAGAUUUAAAACGACUUUAAAACAAAAAAAAAUGGUUUUUGACAAAAUAUUGAUGUUAGAAAUAGAACGGUAAAAUUUUGACGAGCAAUCGUUUUAUGUUGUCUCUUAUGAGUUGUUCACAAGUAUAAUUUAUGGAUUUACGGCCAAAUACUGAAACAAGAGCGCUCCAACUAUUCCAAAGUGGCUAGUGAUAUUUGUUGUAUGCCCAAGAUGUCAAACAUGCACUGACAUCAAAUAUGACAUCCUUAGGUUCAAUUUAUAUUAGCAGCGAAUUUGUAAAAUUUUACAAAGCAUAAUAUUUACAGCACAAAAUUUUAACAAAAAAAAAAAAAUCGCCCUAAGUCCCGAUCAUUCGCUCGAGUCUUGUUGCGCAAAAAAAAAUGUGCUCUAUUUAGUGGAGAUACAGAUCAGUAAGCUAUGUAAAAUUUUAAAAUUCGCUUCUAUAAAUCGACCCACAAACAUAGGUUCAGUAUUCGGCCGUAAGUAAACAUAAGGCGUAAUUUAAUAUUUUUAUGUAAGUAUAAUAAAUAAAUUCAAAUUAUGGUGGAAUAUGAAAUAUUCCUUAGCACAGGGCGCUAAGUUUGUGUGAUGUUGAUGUCGUAUUGUCUGAAACGUAUCCAUUUUGUCACGUAAAUUUUGUCAGCAAUUUACAGUUUCAACUAGGUUUUGUCAUUUCGUUCAUUUGUUAUAAGCCAAAAUCGAAAUGCCGGCACAUCCAUCGUGAUGAUCCUAAACAAUCCUCAGGAAUACCGAGAGCUUGGUCCAAAACCAAAACGACUUUUGCCUAGCGAAUUUUCGGUCUAUUUGCGGAGUGCCUAAAUUCUUAUUUCAUAGCCGGAACUGAAUUUUAUCAAUUUGGCAUCUAGGCAGUUCUCGAUUAUGAAUUUGCCUAUUACCAAACGCGAUGUACUGGCAUUUCAGUUUUGGAUAUAACACGUACCUAUACCAAACGGCAAAACAGUUUUUAUAUUUAGGAAUCUCUAAAGCGCAUUUAUA